AAUUCACGGAUACAGAGCAGUCAAGAGUGAAAUGUUGUUUGUCCAAUCACUGGUCCAGUAAAUCGAGUAAAGCAGUAACGUAUCUCUUUGCACAACUACCGGGCGGGAUUUCCGCAAUUGCUAAUAAUAUGGCGAAGACAUACGAUUACUUGUUUAAACUACUGUUAAUCGGCGAUUCUGGCGUCGGAAAGACGUGUGUGUUGUUCAGGUUUUCAGAAGAUGCCUUUAACUCAACAUUUAUCUCCACAAUAGGUAUUGACUUUAAAAUUAGAACUGUAGAACUAGAUGGUAAGAAGAUCAAGCUACAGAUAUGGGACACUGCUGGCCAGGAGCGGUUUCGAACAAUCACAACGGCAUACUACAGAGGAGCCAUGGGCAUCAUGUUGGUCUAUGACAUCACCAAUGAGAAGUCGUUUGACAACAUCAAAAACUGGAUAAGGAAUAUAGAGGAGCAUGCCUCUGCUGACGUGGAGAAGAUGGUUCUGGGAAACAAGUGUGACGUCAAUGACAAGCGACAGGUGUCCAAAGACAGAGGGGAGCAGUUGUCGUUGGAGUACGGUAUCAAGUUUAUGGAGACCAGUGCAAAGGCCAAUAUCAACGUGGAGAAUGCAUUUAUGACCCUUGCCAGAGACAUCAAGGCGAAAAUGGACAAGAAACUGGAGGGCAACAAUCCUCAGGGCAGCAGUCAUGGUGUGAAGAUCACAGAACAGCCCAAGAAGAGCAGUUUCUUCCGCUGCACCCUCCUGUGAGGACAACGAUCUGACCAUUGUCCACAGCUGGACAGAACUGGACUUGCUCAGAGCUUUCCUCUUUCGCCCUGUUCUCAUUCCUGAUAUCCCAGGCCUCUUUGGGCUUUGUUUUUUUCUGCUUCACCAUGUGCCCCCAGUUUACAAACUGUAGCUAUCAUUGGUCAGGUGUAUCAAUCAGUGUUGUUGGAUGGGCUUUAGAUUGAGAUCUCUAUACCAGGCACUCUUCUGUACCAUCAUGCUCUUAUAUCGUCUCUCGUAAUUACACUUAGGUUUCUGCUCACCCUCUCCUCUCUCUGUUCUCUGCAACGGUUGUCACAGAUACUGUAUGUUGCUCUGUGGUCGUACUGCUGCCAAAGUUGAUCCUUUGUGAGGUUUUGUCUCAACAUGGAUUGACCUUAUCCUUAAAAGCAGUGGCUUAAUUCCAUGAUAAGACUAGUUAACCAUCAUACAUCUUCUGUGAGAUUGACUUCUGCGUCAUCUAGCUACUAUGGAGAUUUAUUCCAAAUGUGUCAUCUAUGCAUCUUGUUUUUCCUUGAUCAAAUUAGUGAUUGUCUGUAUUCUACCUUAAAUCCCCUUUUGCCAUCCAACAAAUAGACCAGAAAGCCACUUAUUUCCUUAAGAUAAUAUAAUACAGUUCUGAAGUGUUAGUCUUAAUGUUAACAGUAAAGACAUACCAUCUUAACGACAUACCUGGAAAAUUUUCAUCUGUGUUCAGUAUUUACCAUUAUGUAGUUCAGAUUAUUUUUAUGCACAAGGUUUGCAAACUGUGUGUUAGAACAAUUUUAUGUGCCGGCAACUGCACAUUGAGUUGAACCCUGUUUUAAUGUGUACUCUUGCACUUUAGUAGUGAAAUUGGCUGCACAUCUUGCAAUUUGCAAAAGUAUGUCUUAUUCCAGUCCCUUGUAUAGGAAUAUCAGUAUUCAUUAGAACUAUUACAUUCCAGAAUUGUUCCAGAGGCUAGAAGUUAAAAUCAUCUGUUCCACAAUAACAUCAGUCUAGUUAGGAAAUGAAUUGCAAUCUAACAAAUGAAUGCAUACGUUUACCAUAUUUUUAGUUUUGGCAUCCAGAAUGUGUUUAAUCUUAUACCACUCCACCCCCAAAAAUUGUGAGCACCUCAUUGCCCCAAAUAUUCACGUUAUGUAUGAUGUAGAGACCAUUGAAAUAGAGCUAUAGUCCUUUGGGUGGUAAUUGCUUGAUGUCAUGUUUUAACUUCUUGAGCACCCUUUUCAAAUUCCAGCCGCUCAGCCUAUUCCUUUUUUUUAACUGGUUGUUUUAAUUGUGAUACUGUAAUACCAUGUAGGUUUGUGUGGCCUUUGACUUUUGUAAGCUGUUUUCAUGCUUGUCAGUAUUUGUGACAACAUUUGUGACAAUUGCGCCAAAGUAGGCUGCCUAUAAGAACUCAAUUGAAUAAUGUCAACCUACUGUAUGGUGAAACAAAUGCCAUGAAUAUUAAUUUCCAGGUUUAUUACCAUGUUCUUUUUUUCUGUUGAUUUAUCAAUAUGCUGUGACAUUCCAGAACCAUUCCUGCUGCUUCUUUAGGGAAAAGGCUACAAGGACACUCCUGACCUGCAAACUGAUAUUUAAUUGAAGAAUUGGUUCAAAUUAGGUUAGGCUUAAUCAAAUGUAUUUAUUUCUAAAUAUUUUCUUUACCUAAGCAGAUGUCAAAGCGCUUAAAUAGAAACCCAGCCUAAAACUGCAAACAAUACAGAUGUAGAAGUGUGGUGGCUAUGAAAAACUCCCUAGAAAUAUCAGAACUAGAGAGGAACCAGGCUCUGUGGGAUGUCCAGUACUCUUCUGGCUGGACGGAGAUUAUAUGAAUGCAUGGCCGCUAAGGUAAGGGUUCUGAUUCUGGUUAGUCAUUUUGAUGGUCACUAGUGUCCUUAUCGCCGCUCCCCUUCUUUAGUCAAGAGCGGUAUCUGUUUGUCCUAAUUUAACGCCAAGGCCCAAAUGUUGGUUUUUUGAUGUGCCAGUAUUAAGACCACAAUCUAUUUUGGAGUGUUUUGAGUUGAAGGUAUUUGCAUUGCGUACUGUAUUCGAAGCAAGACAUCGGCAUACCACUGUAGUGACAUGGCAAUGGACUAAAAUGUUACAAGCAAGAGAAUGUGUAGUCAGAGUGGAGAAAAAAAACAUCCAAGUAUGAAAGUGCCCUUGUAGAAAGCCUGCUCUUGAUUAUGCACUUUUCAAUAAUUCUCCAUUGUCAUGAAAGACCAAAUGAUUUAUGAUGAAUGAGUUGCGAUAUUCUACAGUACAGAUUCUAUCCUCAAGACUUAAUUUAAGUCGCCUUCAGUGUGUCGAUGUUAAAUGGAUGGCUGGAGGAAAGUGACUUCGCAACAGAAGUGGCUUAUUUUCACCUGAUGCUUGAUAUAAUGGGCUUUGGAACUAUUCAUCAUGAGACUGUUGGACCUCUUGAGGCUUUUAAUAUUUGACUUGAAGAAGAGCUUCUCUUUGAGAUUAGAAAUGUGCAAAGGAUCAUUCUUGUAUAGCUUUCUGUUCUACUUUUUUUUGUCACCUUGAACUUGCUUUUCUCAAUGCAAAUCUAUAGGGAAUGGAGCACAUGUUAAAUCAUAGCAAAGGAACAACAGUGACUUCCCCAUGAAUUAUCACAAAUUGUUUCUCUAGUUGUGACAAUGAAGUAAAUUGCCAUUGGAAUUGAAUUAUUUUAUUUGUCCUCGUGUUUUACACGAGAGGACAUAAAAUAAUUCAAUUCCAAUGGGUGGGGCACAGUCAGUUUGUCGGACUGUUGUAUCUUUUAGGACCUUUACAAAGGUCUGUCAAAUGUUUCAGAAUACCAGUUAUUAUGAAGGUUUAUUUUCCUUCUGGUGGAACUAUUUGUACAUAUUUCAGUUUAUAAAUUACUUUUCUUUGAACAUAUAAUUAGCAUUCCAUGUUCAAGACAAUUUGGAUUUCAUAGUUGAUUAUGGGUUAAAUGGAGGAGAAAAAUCACAUUUUGAAAACAAUUGUAAAUAAGAAAUACAUUUUACUGUUACCUACUUUCAUAAAUCUUGUUGAAUUGAUCUACAUGUUUGUAGAUGUGUCCUUUUGAUUUAUUAAAAUGAGAUUAUUUUAACUUGC